AUGAGCACGCCGGUUGAAUCAGCUUGUGCUAUAUGUUCGAGACCUAGCAAUGCUUUCAACUAUGGAGUCUCAUCUUGUAAUGCUUGCAAGAUGUUCUUCCGUAGAGCAAUCCUUGGAAAAUCUGAAAAAUUCUGUGCAAAUAAUGGAAACUGCGACCAAAACGAAAUGAUCCUCGCCUGUAAACUAUGCCGAUUCCAGAAAUGUUUGAACCUCGGAAUGAAACUGAACACCAAUCAAUAUGUCAAUCUAUCAGACUUGAUUGAAAGUUUGUCGAGAAGAAAUUCGGAUAGGUCAAAUAAACUGAUGGGAUUCCAGUGCCUGGACGAUCCGAAUCUUGCUCAAGUGAUCGAAAAGUUUCCAGCUUUAACCAAAAAGUCUACAGAUGAGAAACUCACAAAAUCCGAAUGGGGAUUUAUGGAACAACUGACAACUCUUGAAUUCAUCAGCAAGUUCGAGUUUGCCCAACUGUUGGAAACAAACGAUUUGCAUGUUAUCUUCAAAGCCACGUGUUUCAAGACUGCGACCCUUAUUAAAGCAAUUAGAUCGUAUUCUAUCAAAUCUGCAUUUAUACAGUAUCCUGAUGGAGAAAGUAUAGUUCCACAUCAAUUGGUUCCAUUCUGUACUGAUGAUUUUCUCGCGAGAGUUCAGAGUAGAUUGAUUGGGAAAUUAGUUGAGCUGAAUAUCAAAGAAGAAGAGUUUCUGCUUCUCACUUCUGUUCUUGUGUGCAACCCAGCUGUCGAUAAUUUAUCCGACGAAGGAAGAUCCAUUCUAACUAUCCAGCAAAAGAUUUACACUUCUGCACUUUUUCAAUAUUGCCUUAUAACUUAUCAACAGAAGGGACCAUCCAGAUUCACAGAGUUACUAUCCGUUUGCCACGUCAUCAACAAGCAUAUCGAGGACAUUGGACAACUAUGCUUCAUGUUCACUUUUCGUCCUCCAACUGAAAAAUACAAAAGACUCUGUGCGGAACUUUUGAGCUCUUGA